GCUUUGAUGAGGGCGCUAUUUAUGAGUUUACAAUGUUCUGAAAAAAAAACUGACGUCUCCAUUAUCACUUGGCUUGCUGUAAAACACGGUAAAAUGUCAAGCGACGAAGUUGUUUCGGAAAGACACAGAGAGGUAAGGGCGUGGCUGGAGCGCACCUUUGCAGGGGCUGCAAUCCCCCAGUAUGAGAUAAAUGAACGGACGAUGGAGAUACUUCAAGGCCUGAUGACGAGGAACCAAGAAAGAGACAGAGAAGCCCAGAUUGUCACGGAAGAUGCCUGGCAGAAAACAGAGGAAUACAACACAGAAGCUAUACGUCUUGCAGGCAUAUUGCAGUCCGUCGGUCUUUCGGCAACGAGCCUCUCCCAGUCGGGCAACGUUAGCCUGCGGACUUUGGCAAGUGUGGCAGGGACCCUGGAGGUCAAAGACGCUUCCACCAGCAGCUACCUACUAGCCAUGAUGGAGAUGUCCAAGGUUGCCAUGGAAACAGAGGAGGCACGACAGCAAGAGAAGAGACUAAGCGAGCAGCUCUUUAGCAAGACAAAGGCAGCGCUCAUCAAGUGCAACACCCUGAGGAAAGCCCUGCAAGCUUUGGAGGAGCAGGCAGAGUUCCAAGGCCCGGAACUGGAGAAGAAGAAUCAACAAGCAGGGGUCCUUAACAGCAAGGCCAAGGAGUAUCAAGCCCAGCUUCAUCAGUUACAGAUGCAAUUGGAACGGAAUAACGUCGAGCCUUCCCUCUACCACCAAAGCCUGGUCAAGCUAUCAGAGGAACUGGUCGCUUUGAAUGCCAAGUUAGCACCCCUCAAGUCCAAGUUGGAUAGCUACCACAACCUGCCACCGGACAUAUCGCUGGCCAAAGUCAGGAUCGAGGAGGCCAAGAGAGAACUGGGGAAAAUGGAGGCCGAGUUGUCCAGAAACAUUGAUAUGAUGCAUAUGUAGCAACAACCUGUAGGCUGAGUAUCCAUUCCAAGAACUGUUGAGCAAUUUAAUUUAGCUUUUAGGCUCAAAUGGCAAACAUGAAUUUCUUCGCAUUUCUGUGAGAAGCACCAAGCACCAUAUUCCCAAGACAACAAUGGUAGGCCCCUACCCGUUUCAGAACUGCAAUUGAUUUAUAUACUGUGUGCCCCACAAAGUAUUGUAUCUGUCAAACACAAGUCAUGUUGGCCUGACUCAAAUUUUAAUAUGCAGAUUAAUUAUUACCUUCAGUGAGUUGAUAUCACUGCUAGAAAUCUGUUUAUUACCCAGACUACUUUAGCACUAAAAAUGUAUAUUAUUGAACACCAAAAGACUAUUUACAAUUGAGUUGGGCAAUCAAGACAGAUUUGGUCUGAAUUUGUGGACCAACUUGGAGGGCUUUUCAGGAUAAACUGUUUGCUAUUGGAUGGAUUUAAUAAUAAAAAAUAUGUUUACAUAAAAAGACAUCAGUGUGCAUGACGUACUGAGCUGGCAAUCUGAAUUUUUAUGCUCCAGCCAGCGAUUUCAAAACUGUCAAAAAGAUAUUGGAUAUUGUGAUGAAUGAGAUGUCAUUUGAUCUAAUAACUUGACUUUUCAACAUUUUGCAAACAAGGAAUAUAUUCUGGAAUAUAUUUACAUUUUAAAAAUAACAAUAACAUUUGGCAAGCAAGCAAUACUUGGAUAACAUUUUCACUACAUUUACAUAUGCUUUUACUUUGCUUUGCUCAGCAAGAGAUCAUUGGCAAUACAGCAUUCAGUGCCUAGGUUGUUUACAUGUAAACAGUCAAUAACUUUAGUUUUGAAGAAACUUUGUACAUGUUUUAGUUUAUGUGAAUAAAUUAAUACAUAAUAAA